AAACAGUUUAAAUUGCACUGUAAAUCCGCGGCAUUUAUUGCUCUAGUUUUUGCACUUUUAAAGCCAAAAAUCAAUGCUUUUUAAAACGUGACUAUGGGCGGGUUGUGCCAGCAGUGGCGUGUUGAGGAAGCCUGAAAGUGACAAAAUCUUCACUAGCCUCUUUAGCCCGGCGAGCACAAUCUAGAUCCUGGAACCUUUGUCGCUGCUUUAAGCGGUCUCUCGAGCCUCGGAGCCUUGAUGGCGAGAAUUAACGGGAUUAGGAGCAGGAGGAGGAGUGAAGUGCGGCGGCUGACUAAUGACAGCGUGUGGUAGUCGCGGGCUUUAGUCAGCAUUCACGCGCGCGCGCCUCUUGGGUUCAGUGCGCGUGCGCGCACUUGGCUCCGCCUCUUAGUUCGGGGCCACGUUCCCCAUGCUGCCUGCACGCCUCACCCGCAGACUGCUCUGGCCCUUACUUCGGGGAUUAGCUUCCACCGCAGCGCGCCAUGGCCUCCGGGAGCCGCUCCUCCAGAGGAGAUGCGCGGCCGCCACCUCCUCCCAGCACGCAUCGGGCCUGCGACAUGGGCUUCCUCUUGGCCCGACGGCGACUGCGGGUCACGAAGGAAGGGAUGACAUGGAGGAGCAUUUUCUGUUCCCCGAAUACGUCCCGGAGCCGGAGCCAGAGUCCGCUCCGACCGUGGAAGGGCAGCUGCGGCAGCUGCAUCAGCGUCAGGAAGAGGAGGAACGACAGAAGCUACAGCGGCGGGAGGAGCGGCGGCAGCAGAAGCUCCGCGCCAGACUCCGGCCGCACCCGGUCGUCGGGUGGGACGACUGUGCCCGCGCCGGGCUCCAGCGGGCCCCCGGCCGGGGCGGGCCACCUGGUGGGGAAGAGAAUUCGAGUCCUUCGGCCAAGUCCCGUACUGUCCUCAGGGACGUGCGGCUGAUCAGCGCCAAGACCGGGUAUGGAGUGGAAGAGCUCAUCUCCGCCCUGCAGCGCUCCUGGCGCUACCGCGGCGACGUCUACCUGGUGGGCGCCACCAACGCGGGCAAGUCUACUCUCUUCAACACGCUCCUGGAGUCGGAUUACUGCAUCGCCAAGGGCGCCGAGGCUAUCGACCGAGCCACCAUCUCCUCUUGGCCUGGUACCACACUAAACCUUCUGAAGUUUCCUAUUUGCAACCCAACUCCUUACAGAAUGUUUGAAAGGGGGAAAAGGCUGAAAAAAUAUGCAACUGAAGCUGAAGAAGAUCUUAGUCAGCUAGAAAGAAAACAACUUAAUCUCUUAAAAAAGCAUGGUUAUGUAGUAGGAAGAGUUGGAAGAACAUUCUUGUAUUCAGAAGAACAAAAGAAUGAAGCUGCCUUUGAGUUUGAUGCUGAUUCACUUGCCUAUGACAUGGAAAAUGAACCUGUUAUGGUUACAGAUAAAUCCACCAAAAAAGUAGAACUGACCCCAGAAGAUGUGAAAGAUGCCCACUGGUUUUAUGACACCCCUGGAAUUACAAAGGAAAAUUGUAUUUUAAAACUUCUAACAGAAAAAGAAGUGAAUAUUGUCUUGCCAACACACUCCAUUAUUCCAAGAACUUUUGUGCUUAAACCUGGAAUGGUUCUAUUUUUGGGUGCCUUAGGACGCAUAGAUUUUCUGCAGGGAAGUCAGUCAGCUUGGUUUACAGUAGUGGCUUCCAACUUCCUUCCUGUGCACAUUACCUCCUUGGAGAAGGCAGACGCUAUAUAUCAGAAGCACGCAGGUGAUAUAUUACUCAAGGUUCCAAUGGGUGGAAAAGAGCGAAUGGCAGAAUUUCCUCCUCUUGUUGCUGAAGACAUUACAUUAGAAGAAGGACUUGGGAAACCUGAAGCAGUGGCUGACAUCAAGUUUUCUUCUGCAGGUUGGGUUGCAGUAACGCCUCAGUUUAAAGACAGACUACAUCUCCGAGGCUAUACACCUCAAGGAACAGUGCUGACGGUCCGGCCACCUCUCUUGCCACAUAUCGUUAACAUCAAAGGAGAGCGCAUCAAAGGAACUGUGGCCUAUAAAACCAAGAAGCUUCCUUCCCUUGUGUGCAAUCUGCAGAAGAAGAAAAACAGAUGAAAAUAUGGAGUUGGCUUUGCUCGCGCUGGUAUUAACUAUGUAGCUAUAAUCAAGCUCCCCUGUGCCCACGCUUUUAACUACUCAGAACUGUGCCUAUUUGUAUUGAGUUUGUAACUAUAAGUUGUUUUUUUGUAGGGUGUGUGUAUGCAUGUGUGACCCAAAUAUGCCUAAAAAGGAGUUCUGCUACAUUCAA